GGGGGUAAAAACUUCUCCCCACCACACCCAACGACCGUUCAUUCACCAUGCCACCAUAUAGUUGAGACCCAGUGUUCCCGCCCUCCAAAGGCGAGCUUCGUCGUAUAUCUCUACCAGCGCACCAGCGCCCCCAACCCUCACCUCAUCCUUGCGCGUCCUGCUGCAGCCGUCCCGCCGAGAAAAAACUCAGACGUCAUGGUACGCAACAUCGUCGUCCUCGGGGGCAGCUCCCACCCGCAGCUCACGGAGACAAUCUGCAACCACCUUGGAAUCCCGCCGGCCAAUAUCCUCCUGGGCAAGUUUGCUGUUGGCGAGACGCGCGUGGAGAUCAAGGAGAGCGUCCGUGAGAAGGAUGUCUUUGUCAUUCAGUCGGGAGGAGGGAAGGUCAAUGACCACCUCAUGGAGCUACUCAUCACCAUCUCGGCCUGCCGCACUGCCUCUGCCAAACGAAUAACGGCCGUCCUCCCCUUGUUCCCGUAUUCUCGACAAAGCGACAUCCCGUACAAUAAGACCGGCGCACCGCUUGCCAAAGGUCGGGAACACCGAUCCAGGCAAGGCACGUACACAUUUGAUAGUCGGCCGCAGACUCCAUAUCCGGGUCAGCCGGAGAGUGCGGGCCUGUUCAAUGGCACGCAGAGCCUGUCCAAGGAAUUAAGCCGGUUGAAGAUGGAUGAGCGGAAUGGACGCAGCCCCACCAAGUUCGAUGCGCCUAGGAGGAGUGAUACCCUCGACUCUUCCAAGUCAGACAAGUCGGCCGAGUCCUCAAAACUGUCGAACGGACCCGUCAAUGGUGUGAACGGUGUUUCCAAGGCGGUCACGAAGAUUCCGCCUUUCCAGCCCCAACCCGGCUAUAGGCAGUGGGUGGCCCAGGCUGGCACGCUCAUUGCAGACCUCUUGACCUGUGCAGGCGCAGACCAUGUCAUCACUAUGGAUUUGCACGACCCCCAGUACCAAGGUUUCUUCGACAUUCCCGUAGACAACCUCUAUGGUCGCCAUCUUUUGCGCAAGUAUAUCCAGUACAACAUUCCGAACUACCAGCAGGCGGUGAUUGUAAGUCCGGACGCCGGAGGUGCUAAGCGUGCAACUGCCGUGGCGGAUGCGCUUGGGAUCCAAUUCGCCCUCAUCCACAAGGAACGGCGCCCGACCCAGAUUACCGAUCGGCAGAAUGCGACGAUGAUGCUUGUUGGCGAUGUCAAAGACAAGACUACCAUCCUGGUAGACGAUCUCGCAGAUACAUCGAACACAAUCACUCGGGCUGCCAAGCUGCUGAAGAAGGAGGGUGCUACCAAAGUGUAUGCCUUGGUCACGCACGGUAUUCUGAGCGGAGAUGCGAUUGACAGGAUCAACGCGAGUGCCCUCGACAAGGUGGUCGUCACCAACAGCGUGGAUCAAACCGAGCACCUGGCGAGAUGUCCAAAGCUUGAGGUUCUGGAGGUCGGCAAUGUUUUUGCUGAGGCUAUCCGUCGUGUGCAUCACGGAGAGAGUAUCAGCGUGCUAUUUGAUUACAAUUAGGCGCUACAAUCUCGGAUUUACAUAUCUGCAUGGGGCGGUAUGGGUGUCAUAGUGUCCGUUGACUGGCAUGCGAGAUAGACGCUCUACACCUCCACAUUCCCUUCAUCUAACGGCACAGGCGGCGCAAAAGUCUUUUUUCCUUAUCAUAUUGUACAUCAUCAAUGAUAGAUGCUGUGCUUCCAUCAUCUUCACUACUAAGUAGUGUGCCAUAUGUUGGCGAUGCUGGAAAAGCGGAACUGUUUAUCCGCUAAGGUGCCCCUUGUACAGCAAGCACCUCAGACCAGAACUGUUGUAUAGAAGUACGAUACCAUGUGAGCCAGCUACGUCAGCGGCCAUAUCAGCAUGUAACAAAUACUAGUUAUUGACCUCCUCG